CCAGCGAGAAGAAGAAGAAGAAAUUUAGAUUAUGUCUUAGCUGUUUUACUAUUGCAUUUGAAAUAAACUUGAUUGUUUAGGCGAAUAACAAUGAUCAUUUUAAAGAAAGGUAAUUUCGUGUUACACGGCUUAAGAAUCUUAACCCGAUGGAACAAUAGCAAACCAGCUGAAGAAAUUAAAAAGCUUGUUACAAAUAAUAAAGUGGUGAUCUUUAUGAAAGGAGUACCUGAUCAACCUCAGUGUGGUUUUAGUAACGCGGUGGUUCAAAUUCUGAGAAUGCAUGGUGUAUCAUAUGAUGCGCAUAACGUGUUAACGGACGAAUCUCUUCGGCAAGGUAUAAAGACAUAUUCAAAUUGGCCGACAAUUCCUCAGAUUUUUAUCAAUGGUGAGUUUGUUGGUGGCUGUGAUAUCAUGCUUCAGAUGCACCAGUCGGGCGAUUUAAUAGAAGAACUGAAGAAGGUGGGUAUACGAAGUGCCCUUUUAGAUAAGGAACAAGAAGAUAAAAAUGGAAAACCUUAAUUUAAUUGCUAUUUUUGUGGUUGAAACCAAAGUUUUUAUUGUAUAAAUGUAUAAAAUGAUAAUGUUAGUUUGAAAAUUCAAAAUAAAACAGUAAAUAUUUAAAGAAUUAGUUGUACAUUCUGCAUACCAAAUAUUUUUUUAUUGGCUAUUGCUAGUGACGUACUAAAAUUAAUGAAUUAUAAUUUUAAAUCCUUUUCAUAAAUCAACAUGUUUGAUGAUAUAAAUCCUUUUCCUAAAAUCCGGAUAGUGGAUGGGUGGGGAGAUAAGGUAAUGGUGAUGUUUUGUAUUAACUCAUAUUUAUGGCGUCCUCUGUAUUCCUAAAGUAUUAAAUAUUUCCUAUCGGGGUGAAUAAGUAAAGAAAAACGCUCUGGACAACAUAAACAAUGUUUCCUACAAUCAAGAAUCAUUUUUUGUUAUAUAAUUAAUUAACAAAUGGAAUAAAUAACUUUCUAACUGCAAAUUUCUCAACUGUUAUUUAGUACAGUGAUUUGUUAUUUACAAUAAGCAAAGAAACUCUUAGCAAUUUACAGUGAAUAUUUUGUCUUUAAAUAUAGAAACAGAACUAAGCAUGAACAAAAGACUCCAGCGCAGGAUGUGGAUUUAGGAUUUAGGCUGACAAAGUUAUUCGGACUAUAAAGUAAUAGAGUAAAAGUAAAAAAAAAAAACAAUAUGUUGCAGAGGUGUAUAUGUAGGUAGUGAUUAGUAAAAAAAACUUACAAAACAAAACUAUAAAGACUCAUAUGACAGCAUUCAAUAGCAAAAAAUGCGUAAUAUAUUUAACCGUAAUCUAAUGUUACCGCCAAGUAUUUCGUCAAUUUCUGUUUUGCUUAUACUGUAUAUUUCUCCUCAACAACAUAAAUUAUUUAAAAACUAUUCAAAUACUUGCCGGUAACAUUGGAUUACGGCCACACAUUUAAUAUCUUAAUUGCUUGCAAUAUUAAGCCACAGUGCUUGUGCCGGUCUGUGACCGAAAUCUCGUCGUAUAUCGACACUUUGCGAAUGUCCUUACUUUACGUACGUUAUUAAAAACGAAGAACAGAAUUAAUUUUUUAACCUCUUCGUUUGUUUAAAUGGUAAAUUAUGACUUCACUUAGUGCUUUAGUAGAUAGUGUCGUCGCUUUCGUAUUCGAAGAAUAGGGAAUAACUAAAAAAAAAAACGCUCGGUGAGAGAGGUAAAUAACUUUUAUUGAACAUAAACAAUUUUUCCUACAAUCACGCAUCAUUUUUUUUUAUAUAAUUAAUCAAUUAACAACUGGAAUAAAUAACUUUCCAACUACAAGCGAUAUUAUUACACGUAUAUUCAACCCAUGUAAAACUACCGUGCGAUUACGCGCGCGCUACUCCGAUAAAAUUAAGGAACAUCGGACGGGAGCAGAUCGCGCGGUAUCAGUGACCACGUGCCGGAUCCGCACGCGGAAACGACGACCGGAAUGGAGCGUUGCAACUAAUUUUAUUCGACUCGGGUCGUUUUUCCGCCGCUGCCGUUGCACGUAUCCAUCGUGUGUUUCGGUUCCGGCACGUUUUCGAUCGUACCGCGGAAAACAGUCGACCGAUUCCACCGUGUAGACGGGUCGACUCAAGCCGUCGAGGCUCACCCUCCCCGGCGACUUGUCGCGAGGUCUACGUGUCCGACGCCCCCGAAAACCUUCCUAACCGAAAAACCGCGCGAAGCGUCGCGAUUAAGAUCGCUUAAAGUGA